AUCAAUGCCUCUGGUCUCUCUAUCAAUCUCCUCAAAAUAACUGACAAAUUUGCCUGGGCAAUUUAUUCCUUGCACAGUGUUUACAAUAAUAUUCAUCAUCCAAGCAAGUUGGGUCACGGAGCAGACAUCUAUUGUUUUAAACAUAAAAUAGAGCCAAAAUGGGAGGACCCUGUUUGUGCCAAUGGAGGGAAGUGGACUAUAACCUUUUUUAAUAGAGGGAAAUCUGACACUUUUUGGUUGUAUACGUUGCUGGCAAUGAUUGGAGAGCAAUUUGAUCAUGGGGAUGAAAUUUGUGGAGCAGUUGUCAAUGUCAGAGCUAGGCAGGAAAAAAUAAGCGUGUGGACCAAGAAUGCUACAAAUGAAGCUGCACAGAUGAGCAUUGGGAAACAGUGGAAGGAGUUUCUCGACUACAAUGAGACGAUAGGAUUUAUAUUCCAUGAUGAUGCAAAGAAACUUGACAAAGCUGCCAAGAAUCGGUACACAGUAUGAUUGAUGUGUAUGCCAAGAGGAUGCAAGAUGUUUUCUGGUUGCUGCCUCAUCCUAGAUACCAUUCUAGGGCUUGGUCUGAUGAGUUGUCCCUGCUUUGGACUAUUUUCCAUUUUGUGAAAGAAAUUUACAAUGAUAAGCUGAAUUAGACUUCCUUAA